UUGAGCUCGUGUUUUGUUUUUUGUUGUUUUCGUUUUUUUUCCAAACAUGCUCAUGAACAAUGAGCUCAAGCCGUUCUUGCAGUCACUUCCCGUCGGCGCGGUUGCCUGAUGCGCAGCGCCUCCCCAACUGGUCCCUCACUUUGACAAAUUCCUGGACGCGAGCGGGUCUGCUCGAUAGCUUCUCGCUCGUUAAGAUGAUACCUUGAAUAUUUUAGAAGUUGAAUAGCUCUGCUACAUAUUUUUCCAGCCACUACAGAUUGUCACUUUGGAGGAAAACAAUGGGACUGUGGUCAUUUCGGAGUUUUUCUCUGUUGGCUUUCGUAUUGGUGCACCCCUUUCAACCCAAGUUUUUGGCUCAAGCGGAAAUAAGUUCUCUCGGAACAAACGACAGAUUUUAUCGCCUGGGGGUAACGCCGCUGGAGGCACAUGUAGCCCGAAAAUCAAAAGUCUCCCUCAAAGUCGACAAUAGCACAAAAGUUUCAAGCGCUUUUGAGACGGAAGCAGUCGGUGCUUUAAAACCGAACAAUGGCAAGCAAGUGGCGAAUGAAACACAGAGUGGACUUGGAAAUGAGCAACCUAUCGGCGUCAAAACGACACCGAGCUAUCACAACCAUCCUAAAAUACUUGAUAAAAAGUAUGGCUACACUUCCGAGGACAAACGAAUGCAAAGCAUGGCGAGUGUAAUGUCAGAAAACUCAUUUCCCGACACAAGAAAGAGGGCACAAAGGAGUGUGGGUACAAUAUACACCGAAAAUGUGGACAGGAGUGAGACAGGAGAAGCACAGCCAAGAGAGAGGUUUGUGGAGACUGUCCAAGGUGUUUCCAACUCUAGAGCCGAGUACAGGCGCACUGGGGAGGAAGCCAGAGGGUCUAACCCGAGGCAGGGUGAGCCGCACCUGGACACAUCCACUUUUGCUCUAUCGGGAGACUCGGCACACAACCAGGCGAUGGUGCACUGGUCCGGACACAACAGCAGCGUGAUCCUGAUUUUGACUAAGCUGUAUGACUUCAACCUGGGGGCUGUUACUGAGAGCUCACUUUGGAGAUCCAGUGAUUAUGGAAGCACCUAUACGAAACUGAAUGACAAAGUGGGCUCAAGGACAGUCUUAAGUUACCUUUACGUUUGCCCUACCAACAAACAGAAGAUAAUGAUGCUUAGCGACCCAGAGGUAGAGAGUGCUGUUCUCAUCAGUUCAGAUGAAGGGGCAAGCUUUGAGAAGCAUCCCAUUAACUUCAAUAUCCUAAGCCUGCUCUUCCACCCUGCACAGGAGAACUGGAUACUGGCUUACAGUCACGACAGCAAGCUGUACAGCUCAAUGGACUUUGGGAGGAAAUGGCAGCUUGUUCACGACAACGUCAUGCCAGGCCGAUUCUACUGGGCGGUAAUGGGGCUGGACAGAGAAUCAGAUGUGGUCCACAUCGAGACGCGCAUCGCAAAAGGCCGUGCCCAGUAUGUGAAAUGCAGGGCCCAAAAGUGCACAGAAGGCAACAGACAGUACCUCUUCCCUGGACAUGUAGACACUAACUCACUGGUUGUGCAGGACGAAUAUGUUUUCACACAGGUAACCAAGUCAGGACGUGCUAGCUACUUCGUCUCCUACAUGAGAGAAUCCUUCAAGCAGAUGAAACUACCUAAAUAUUGUCUGCCAAAGGACAUGCAUAUUAUCAGUACAGAUGAGAAGCAGGUAUUUGCUGCUGUCCAGGAGUGGAAUCAGAACAACACUUACAGCCUUUAUAUCUCGGACUCCCCCGGGGUCUACUUUACCCUUUCAUUAGAGAAUCUGAGAACCAGCAGAGGGCCUGCCAGUAACCUACUGGUUGACUUUUAUAAGGUCGAGGGGAUAAACGGCAUGUAUCUUGCCAACAAACUGGUAGACAACCAUGUCAAGACUUUCAUCACAUACAAUAAAGGACAAACAUGGGCCCUGCUGCCAGCUCCUGCCACUGAUGUGGCCGGAAAUAACCUUAACUGCAUCCUGCCAUUUUGUUCGCUGCAUCUUCAUCUGGAGAUGUUGGAGAAUCCCUACACGUCUGGACCCAUCACCAGCAAAAAGUCUGUCCCAGGCAUCAUUGUGGCAACAGGAAAUAUUGGAACAGAGCUGUCCUCCACCAACCUUGGGAUGUUUAUAACAUCUGAUGCAGGAAAUAGCUGGAGACAGAUUUUUGAUGAAGAGCACAAUGUUUGGUUUCUUGACAAUGGAGGGGCUAUGCUAGCAGUCUUACAUGCCGCGACGCCUAUUCGUCAUCUAUGGAUCAGUCUAGACGAGGGAAAGAAAUGGGACCGUCAUAGUUUCUCCUUGGCACCUCUGUAUGUGGAUGGAGUUUUAAUGGAGCCAGAAUCUGACAAUCACAUUAUCACUUUCUUUGGACACUUCAGUCAUCGUUCAGAGUGGCAGCUGAUCAAGAUCGACUACAAGGGCCUCUUUAGCAGAAGAUGCAUGGAUGGAGAUUAUCAGACAUGGCACCUGCACAACAAGGGACAGCUGUGUGUGAUGGGUGAGAAGCAGAUCUAUAUGAAGCGUCGGCCAGGCAACCGUUGCAUGCUGGCCCAAGACUAUUCAAGGAUCUAUUCCUCAGAGCCAUGCCUUUGCACAGCCUAUGAUUUUGAAUGUGAUUAUGGGUGGGAACGCCAAGCGGAUGGGAAGUGCUCCCCUGCUUUUUGGUUUAAUCCAAAUGGUGCGACUAAAAGCUGCGGCACCAGCCAAACCUUCCUUAAUAGCACAGGGUAUCGGAAGGUUUUGUCCAAUAACUGUAAGGAAGGAGGGAGGAAUGUGUACUCACCCAGGAGGCAGGCAUGUCGUCCCAGACCACCCAGAGGCCUCCGGCUGUCCACCAGUCAGGGGGAGCUCAGUUCCACUGCUGGAAGCAACGUUACUUUCAUGGUUUACCUCGACGAAGGAGACUCACUGAGGACCAGCAUCCAGCUAGACUUUGGGGACGGCAUCAAGAUCACAUACUCUAACCUGAGCAGGACUGAUGAUGGCAUCAAGCACAUCUACAGAACAACUGGGAUUUACCGAGUGACAGCUUCUGCUGAAAACAGCCAGGGAUCUGACAGCAGCACGCUGUUUUUACACAUCACCAGUCCAGUGGAACGUGUAUAUCUCUCCGUUCCCAUUGUAGCCACUCGGGGGAAGGAGUCUAAUCUGACUGUGGUGGUUUGGCCAAGUCACAUCAGAACACUGACCUUCUUCUGGUGGUUUGACAACAGCUCUGAGCCCAUUAUAACCUUGGAGGGAAGCAUCUCUUACACGUUUCACAGAGAAGGAAAAAACAAGGUCACGGUCCAGGUUGCGUCUGGCAGCACCAUAAUGCAGGAUGUAAAAGUUAUAACUGUUAAAGAGUUCUUCAGGUCACUGCUGCUGUCGUUCUCGCCAGCCCUUGAUGAGCACAAUCCUGACAUCCCCGAGUGGAGGGAGGACAUAGGGCGUGUGGUGCGGACAGCUCUGUCACAGGUGUCUGGGGUUCCUGAAGAACAGCUGCUGGUGUUUUUGUACCCUGGACUUCCAAGUACAGCAGAGCUCUUCAUCCUGCCUGAUACGUAUACAUCAAGUGAGCACAGGAGAAGCAGUGAGGAAGCUCUAGAGACGAUAUCAAAUAUUUUUGUCACUGCCCUGAACCAAGGCUCGGUCCAGUUUGAGCUGAAAGCUGACAUCCGUAUUAUCGUGUACAUGACUCAGCAAACUUUGGCACCACUUGUGGAUUCAAACUCCAUCCACAGUGGGUCGGCCAUGCUGAUGCUGCUCACUGUGGUGUUUGUUGGUUUGGCAGCAUUCUUCAUCUACAAAUUCAAAAGGAAAAUCCCUUGGAUCCAUGUUCAGACUGAGGACAGUCAUGAGAAGGAGCCCGAAGUGAUCAGUACAGUCAGUCAGAACGACAACGUGUCCAAGGUCAAACUCAGUGAGUUUCCCUCUCCGAAAGAACUCAUGGAGAAGGAGCUGGAGGCCAGGAGCAGAGGAAUCGGAAGAAAUAUGGAGAGAAUUGUCACAAGGGAAUUUCCAAACUGUACUAAUGUCUGAAACAAGCGCUCUGUUUCUGAGUAAGUACAUAAUGUUGUGUUACAAUCGUGCUGAAAUUGUUUGCUUCGUUGGCAUUGUUUUGUUUUGUUUUUAAAUCUUAUUUCAUGCUGAUAGCUGCUCUUGCUCAUGUUCUUAACCCACAUGAAUAGAGUUAUAGUUUACUGUACAAUACUUCCAAUCCACCUAGCCAGACUCUUGGGCCUUUAGUUUGAGGGCGGUGAAUCUCUGGAAUUGGCUGACAACUACAAUACCAAGCACAGAAUGCACAAUAAGCAUCAAGAUUUCCUAGCUAUACAUCAACACCAUUGAUGUAUAGCUAGUAUGAGUAUUUCAUGAAUACUCAGGUGCCCUUUUGUCAAAUGCUUUACUGCCUGUGACAUAUCAUUUCUUCUUAAUUUGGAUAAAGCCGGGAGAGGAAAUCAGACAGAUUUUUCUGAAAUAAAAUACCUCAAGAGCUAUAAAAGAGAAAUAUCCUGAUUUAAUGUCAAUGUGAAAAGUGCCCUUAACUCAUGGGUCAAAUGAAAGAAUGCAUAGAUUUUACUGUAUGAGUGUAUACGGAUAAUAAAUUUAUUUAUCUUCAGCAGUGAAUAUCAUGACUUACUAUACGAAUAUUUAGGCCUUCAAGGAAUAUCAAUAACAAUACAGGCCUUAAAAUGAUAAACUAAUUUCAUGUAAUAUAAAUGAAAUCUUAAAGUACUUGUUGAUAAUGUUUCCCUCAAAGCAUAAAGUUUGCUCAUAAAAAUGAACCAGGGGAUAUAAAAUUUGUCAGGUGUAACCUUUUUGUUUAUUAUGAUUUUUGUGUCUUUUCUUUUUAUCCUUAAUGGAUAACACAACCAGAACAACAAAACAUGUUCUGUUUCAGGCAGAAAACUUCAUGCUCUGCCUUAAUAAGACAUACCUACACAAUUAAUUAAUUACUUAAUAGAUGAUUUACCUUUAAUUUCAUUAUGUUAAAUAAACCACCUUACGCUACGAUUAAACAUUUAUAUUUACGCCGCCCUAUAACUAGAGGUCUUUGAGUUGUAAAUGUACAGUAAAGAAUAUAUAUACAUAUAUAGAACCCCGACUCCAAAAACAAUUUGGAGUCUGUGUAAACAUGAAUAAAACAGAAUGUAAUAAUUUGAUAAUCAUUUUUGACUACUCAACUGAAAAUGGUACACGGACAACAUAUUUAACGUUUUAACUCAUCAGCCUCGUUAAUGUUUGUAAAUAUUUGCUCAUUUGAUACCAAUGUGUUGGAACAGUCGCAGCAAAAGACUGGGAUAGUUGUGGAAAGCUCAAAAAGCCAUGUUUGAAACAUAGCACAGGUAAACGGGUUAGCUGACAGGUGAUAGUAUCAAGAGUCGGUAUGAAAGGUGCAUCCCUCAAAGGCUCAGUCACUCAAAAGCAAGACUGCGGGGAGGUUCACCAUUUUGUUUGAUGUUACCAUAUGAGCUCGGGAACACUUUGUAAAACUGUUGUCCAGAAACCGGCUAAUAACAAAUAAUUGCAUUCUGUUUUCAUUCACAUUUUAUACAGCAUCCUAAUUCAUUUGGAAUUGGCGUUUUAUAUAAAUAAAUGUCAAAAUGUGACAUCCGUUGUGAAUGCUUAUAAGAAUCAAAUGUGUAAAUGCUUUUUAAGAUAAUAUGGUGCUUUCAAUGACUUUCUCAGAUGAUGGAACACAACAAUAAUGUGAUUAUAUGGACAUGAAAGUCUGGCCUUGGAAGUGGAAGUACUGAAAACGUGUACAUAGAAUAAGAUGGAAUGUAAAUCUAUACAGUAGUUUCAUCCUACUCUGUUGUAAAGUCAACCCACUGAACAGGCAGUAGUUUGUUUCCAUGACCUUAAGUCUCACAACAAACUGUGUGUCCUCUUUUUUAAAUUAUUUCAUUUUUUUACAGUGGCAUGCCCUAAUUACCUGUGAUUAAAGACUUAUGAUUCUAUUAGGGUGAGCGAGUACUGUAUAAAUAUAUAUUAUAGUUGGUUUUAAAGUUUACUUGACACAUUAAACCAAUUAUUAAACACCUUGUCUAAUAGUCUAGUUGUGCAAUUGCCAAAAGUUGUGCAUGAUCUAUGAUAUUGUCCAUUUUUGUCAACGAUAUAAAAACCAUCUUGUUUUGAAUCAUAUUUCUUACUGUGAACAAAUUGCCAUUUUAAAAUUGUUGAAAAUAAAUGUAUUUUUAUAUUGAA